CCCCGCCCCGGCCAGCCGGCAUGCAAGUGUCUAUCGCGUGUACCGAGCAGAACCUUCGCAGCCGGAGCAGUGAGGACCGUCUGUGUGGACCCCGGCCGGGCCCCGGGGGCGGUAAUGGCGGGCCGGCCGGCGGGGGGCACGGGAAUCCUCCGGGGGGUGGAGGGUCUGGCCCCAAGGCCCGAGCUGCACUGGUUCCCCGACCCCCAGCGCCCGCUGGGGCCCUCCGAGAGAGCACCGGCCGAGGCACUGGCAUGAAAUACAGGAACCUAGGGAAGUCUGGUCUUCGGGUAUCCUGUCUUGGCCUAGGUACCUGGGUCACAUUUGGUUCUCAGAUCUCAGAUGAGACAGCAGAGGAUGUGCUGACUGUAGCCUAUGAGCAUGGUGUAAACCUGUUUGACACCGCCGAAGUGUACGCAGCAGGAAAGGCUGAAAGAACCCUAGGCAACAUCCUUAAGAGCAAAGGUUGGAGGAGAUCAAGCUAUGUCAUCACUACCAAGAUUUUUUGGGGAGGACAGCUUGCGAGGAUCCCUGGAACGCCUCCAGCUGGGAUACGUGGACAUUGUCUUUGCCAAUCGCUCAGACCCCAACUGUCCUAUGGAGGAGAUUGUGCGAGCCAUGACUUAUGUCAUCAACCAGGGCCUGGCCCUAUACUGGGGGACAUCCCAAUGGGGGGCUGCAGAAAUCAUGGUGAGUGUGUGACCCCACCUUGCCCCUGUCCCACAACUGAUUCCCACUUUUCACGUGGUUACUCCAAAGUCCACUGCACUGGGGGAGAAGGCAGAGAAGAAAACGGAAGUAGUGCUCUGACCACUUUCUUUUCCCCAACCCCAACCCAGGAGGCCUACUCCAUGGCCAGACAGUUCAAUCUGAUUCCUCCAGUGUGUGAACAAGCGGAGCACCAUCUGUUUCAGAGGGAGAAGGUGGAGAUGCAGCUGCCAGAGCUCUACCACAAGAUUGGAGUUGGAUCAGUCACUUGGUACCCUCUAGCCUGUGGUCUCAUUACUAGCAAGUAUGAUGGGCGAGUCCCAGAUACCUGCAGGGCCUCCAUCAAGGGCUACCAGUGGCUCAAGGACAAAGUGCAGAGUGAAGAUGGCAAGAAGCAACAAGCCAAAGUCAUGGACCUUCUUCCUGUCGCUCACCAGCUGGGCUGCACCGUGGCCCAGCUUGCUAUUGCGUGGUGUCUCCGUAGUGAGGGUGUCAGCUCUGUCUUGCUGGGGGUGUCGAGUGCGGAGCAGUUGAUAGAACACCUGGGCGCGCUACAGGUGAGCCGGGGACUCAGAGGCAGAGCCUCUCUGUCCCCCUCCCCAGGAGUCAAAGCCACGCUAUGCAACUCAGGAUGGCUCUAUAAGGUCACACACUACAAAGUCCUCACUUGCAGGUGCUGAGCCAGCUGACCCCGCAGACGGUGAUGGAAAUAGACGGGCUCCUGGGAAACAAGCCACAUUCCAAGAAGUAGUCUGUCGCGGGCGCAGGGACCCAACCCGGUGUCGCUGCACCCACCCGAGACCUGAUCCCCGCAGCCGCCUCUCCCGCUCCGGAUUCCUUCACGCAGCUGCCGGAGCCAGACUAGCCCCGCCCACCAACGAGUCCCGGCUUCGAGUAGUGAUACGCAUGAACAAAGCCAUAUCCUUUUGCAGUGGGGUCGAGAGAGAAAUUAGUACGCCCGCCCCCCUGCUGCGUCUUUCUAGGCCCUUCUUGCAAAUCCCAGGCAUGAGCUACUCGCCGUCGGCUCUCUGCCACUUGGUCUCGCCCCCUACUCUCCUCCCCUUAUUCCCGAGGCCCAGAAAAGAAAACAAAAACAAAAACCCAGCACAUAGAGAGGAAACAUGCAGAGUACCUCAAAAGGGGCCCUUGAAAUGUCAUCAAAGGGUAAUAACUUAGUGAAUGAGUUGUGAUGUCAUCUGGAACAUAGGAAAUGGGACUCUUAGGGUAUUCGGUACGAAGGAAGCCAGGCUGGUCCUGGCAGGAAGUAAAUGAUAAUCUUUGGGAAACCAGGACCCUGCCUCCCAGCCCAGAGGUGGAGGAGGGCGGUCAGGGUGGGGCCUACAGUGGCACAGCACUGACAAAGGUAGAGGGAAAUUUAAUAGCACAUCUACACUGCAGUCUGGUGAAAGUGGCCGGGGUGGCCCUUGGAAAACAAUUGGGCUGUUCUUGGCAGGAAUUAGUGACAGCCUUUCCGUCACGGGCAGGGACAAGGGGCUGACAUAAAACGUCUGGGUAUAGACUACUGAGCCUUGAGCAGGGCCUCCUACCUGGCAGUGGGGAACUGCAGUCUUCCUCCUGGCAACAACCCGAAAGCAAUAAUGAUGGCCUCUUCUCUGUAAGACUUCCCAGGGAACUGUAAAUAAACCUCAGCUUGAUCUUCACAGUGUCUAAAGUUGCAGGGGCUUGGGAGGUUAGGGUCACAGUCUCACCUGUCUGGCCCUCUCGCCCCCUGACAUUAGAAAUCUCCUAGCAUUAGCUUUCUCUCCAUUGCUCAUUCACCUUGGCGACCCAGGCAUCGGGCUCCUAGUCACUGUUCUCAUCAAGGACCAAGACACCAGAUACCCCAGGCCCCAGUUUUCUUCCUUCAGCUACCACAUUCCUUAGAACCCAGAAAUCUGGCUUCGUAAUUUUGUUCCUCCUCUUUCUAUGAAAGACUUAGCUAUCUGCCCUUAUUUGUUUGUAUUUAAAGUAAUAUUAGCCAUACUUGUUCCUUGUACUUCUCAUUUCUCUCUCGCCGGAUACCCACACAUAUGCCAAGGAACUUGGGGCUGAGUGGGAGAUGCUGUUCUGAGGUUGAGGCUUUGUGAUUUGGUGGAGAGGUAAAGUGAAGAAUGGUCUGAGGUUGAGGGAAUACAGAGAGAAGGAAAGAUGUUAUCAUUUUACUGGGACAGAAUUGGGUGGAAAGUUACAACCUUAAAGAUCACAAGGUAGAGGAGGAUGAGCUCUGCCUUCCUUAAAACAACCUGCCCAUCUCCCUUCUACCCAUCUUCAUCCCGCCUUGAUCCAAAAGCUGGGCGAGCAGAGUAAAACCAAUUUCCAAAAGAGAAAAGUCAGCAGCAUGCCAUUUACUGGAUUAGCAGCCAACUGCAUCAACUAAUACUUAUAUCCACCCCAUCAUCUCCCACUCAUUUUGCAAGACUGUGGAGGAAACAAGGAAGUAAAAUAUAUGACUAAACUAUGAUUAGUUAUUCUGUAACAUAUGAGAAUUUAUCAAUCCCAAAUAGGAUUCUCCUUAAAUAGUUAUCUUAGAGGGUUAUGCACUUAUUUUAAUGAACCCUGUCCCAUUGCUCAAAAUAUUAAAAACAAACAAACAAACACCACUCCUCCUAGAAUUACCUUCAGAGACAGUUUGGAAACGCCUUGAUUAAAAAAAAAAAAAAAAAACCACCUUCCUUUAUUGUCACAACUCCUUUGUAUAUAGACAUUUGCCAUAUUUAUCACCCACCUCAUUCAUUAAUUUAGCAAGUAUUUGUCUAUUGAGUCCUAUUAUGGUGU